CUCGACACCGCUUUUUACUAACGUCGUCGUUUCCUCACCAUCCUCUUCGUCGAGUAGCUUCGGUAUAACGACGAGAUAUUGGAGAAAAAUCCUGCGUGAACAUGGAGGACAGGAGCAAGAGAUGGGAAAUGAUAUUUGCGGCCCGGAUGAGCCAGAUUGUCCCGGGUAUCUUCCUCGGAAACGUCCAAGCGUCAUUCAGACGAGAGAUGCUACGACAGAACGGUAUCAAUGCCAUGGUUUCACUUACUGAUGCUCGAUGGGUCUGGUGGAACUCUACGACAAGGGAGGCAGGGAUUCCAGCUAGUCGGCAUAAGUGGGUUCAAUGUGCAGAGUCCUCGACACAGGACCUCCUCGCUCAUAUGAACAACAUCUGCGACUUUAUUGACGAAAUGAUAUCGUCCGAUCUACCAUCAGCGCAGUCGUUGAGCGUCCAACGACGCCAAAGCCAUGGGGUAGACGACCAUCCGCAUGAUGCACCUGCAGGAGCGGUACUCAUCCACUGCGACCUGGGAGUGUCUCGUUCACCAACAAUUAUCAUCGCCUAUCUGAUGCGCAAGUAUGGCAUGAAGCUAGAGCAAACAAGGGCUUUCGUUCAACUGAAACAGAAAGUCAAACCAAGUGCUAACUUCAUCCGGCAACUGCAAAUCUGGGAAGCGCUGGACUAUCAAGUUUGGGAAGAUGAGGAGCGAACCAUUCCCAAAGCGCUAUAUCAAGCAUUUCUCAACGACCGGGCGGUUCUUCUGCAUAAAAGGGGCCUGACCGGGAAUGAGCCACUCGCACCUACCAAUCUUUAGUCCGGUCACAAGGGGAUCGAUCGAUUGCCCGGACGAGCUUCCAUUUCAGAGCUCCUUACCCCACUCGUCACUGUUGUUUUCAAGCGCUCCUCAACUGCAUUUGUUCUUUCUUCGUCUUUCAACACGGUGUUUCGGUUGCUUCUCAUCAUACAUUAUCAUAUUUUCAUUCGCUGGUAUUCUACUUGAUGGGGUCCCGGGACAUAAGACGCACGGUCUUUGAGUUCGCCCGCCGAGGCACGAGCUCGUCUGAAAUCAGUACUCUACGGUUUGCUGAUCCUUCCGUGGAAACUACAUCAGCCCCCCGUUACGUCAAAUGGGACUCGACCGCGAGACCAAAUGCUGCCGCGAACGAUUCGGAUCACGGACUAUUAAACAAUAAAGUUGCAGCCCCACACUACAUGGCGCACCUGGAGAAUGUAUACGGAGAUAAUCUGCCAGAUGAAUGGGUGGACUCAUUGCGCAUGACGACCGUCACUAAUGUUUCGUUCAGAGUCCAAGGAUUAAACUGUUUAAUAAGAUGACGGGCGGACCUGUUUGCAUAGAUUAUGGAUCGCGACUCCAGGCGGCAUAGACGGCUUUCCAAAUAGAUACUGAUUGACCGGCGCUUAAUGUCCCGUCUCAUGUCACACUGCAUCUACUAUCACAAUUAGACAUC